AUGCACAGCACAGCUUCUGAAACGUAAAACUUUAAGUUAAAUUCAUAAGAAAAUCUAUUUGAAAAACAAUUUGUGUGCAGUUGCAAUUAAGUCUUCACUUCUAAUUUAAAUCUUGAGUCUCUUUAUUAUGAGAAUCUCUCCUCAGCUUCCUAUGAUUAAAACUAUAAUUCUAACUAAAUUAUUCAUAAAAACUCUCAAAUCUCAUAGUCUUUAGUUCAUAACGAUUCUCACAUCCUUCAAAAUAAUCAUGUCUCAUCAGCCAAAGCUAUUUGUAUUUACCAUUCAUAAAAUUUUGACUUGAUAGCCAAGAUGGAAAAAGAUUUGCUAUUAAAUGAGGAAUAUAAAAAAAUUUUUAAUUAGUAAACAGCUGCUAGAGCUUCUAGAGUUGUUAAACCUGUGUGUGGAUUAAAUCUUAAGGAAGUUAUUAGUUAUCAUUGUUUUGAUUGCUUCGAAGACAGAAAAGCUAUUAUAUGUGAAGAUUGCUUCGAAUAAUCUGAUCACUAUGGACACAGAUAUUAUAGUCAGAAGGAAAACGCAGGUCUUUGUGAUUGCGGAGAUUAAGAAGUAUUACACCCAAAUGCUAAGGUUGGCUGUUCUAAACAUAAGGGCAAUAUCAAAAACGAUGAUGUUGAUUUGUAAUAAUUAGAUCAGUAAUUUUUAACUAGGGCUAGAAAGUUAAUACCUGAGUGGUUUAAAUCUGUAUUUGAAUCUGCAGAGUACUUUUUGAUUAGUAUGGAUCCUCAAUUUAGUGAUUUUUAAAAUAAAAUGGUAACAUGCAUUUUCAAAGUUAUCUAAUCACUUGGAUUUAAAAAUGAUGUUUUCCUUUCAAAAGCUAUUUCUGAUAUUUUGAUCAAGCCUUCUAAUAAAUACCUACUUUACCAUGAUUGCAAUGACUAUGAAAACAAAAUACCAUGUAAGAAUCAAAGCAAAAAAGAAUGCACAUGCAGCAUCAUAGAGCUAUUGUUUAGAUUCUCUAUGUCAAGCUUCACUUAUGAAACACAAGGACUGAUUAGACAGAGCUUGACUGACUUUUUAAGUGUUUAGAGCUACAAAAUUGCUUAUGCAAAAGCCUUUAUAAAAAACUUUAUGUAUUUAAAUGAAAUUGACUUAGCAACACCUAUUGAAAAGUACCAAGCAAUUUCAAACAACCUUAUUUGUUUAACGAGAUAAGAAGUAUUCAGUAGUUUCAUAUUGAAUUAAGCUGUUUAUGAAACUGGCUAAGCUAAAUAGAUUUUCCUUAAUUAUUUAAAAAUAGCUAAAUUUUUCUAAUAGAAAAAAGAUAUUGGUGAUUCUAAAUCAAAGAUUUUACCAUAUUAAUUCUUCUAUUAUCAUUAUGUGAAUAUUUCUAGCUUAAUUAAUAAAGAUUUAUUAUUUUAAAAAUUCUUGGAAUAAGAGGAACUUUUCGAUAUUCUUUUAUAAGCACAAUAGUAAUUACAAGGUAUUAUUGAAUUCGAUCAUAAAAUCUACAUGCCCGAACAUAACUUCAUUGAAAAAAAUACAUACUUAUUGUAUUAUAGAUUAACAGGAUAGCUCAAUUUGUUUAAAAUCAUCGCUAAUAACUUUGCAGUUAAGGUAAAUGAAGAGUUUUACCAAAAAAAAUUAAUUACUUACAUGAAAAAAACUUUGCAAUUCAGAAAGGAAUAUUACGAAGCCAAAAAAAACUAAGAUUAACUAGAAUGCAAAAGUACAACAUAUUCCCCUCUUGAAAGAGCUUUCAUUUAUCUUUUUUAUGCAUAUUUCUAAUUUGAACUGAAGAAUGUCAAUAAAUAAAACCUAGAAAACCUUCAAAAGUAACUAGGAUAUGAUGAAGAAUAAAUGUAGUAAAUCUUAUUAGACAUCCUAAAAUAAGUUAUGCAAUCCAUUUCCCUUUACCAGGAAGUUUAGAAUAAAAUGUGGGUUUUCAAUGGAGAUGAGUUUGAGUCUUUUAUCAAGUAGUACACUUUUCCUGAUUUUGAAUUGAAGGUUGUAGACUCCAUGUUUGUUAAGAUUGUGACAAAGCUCUAUUCAUUUAAAAAUUUCAUAGACUAUAUUCCUCAAAAUCCUUUCACUAAAAGCCUUAAUGAGUAGAAACAGUAAGAACUUCUUUAAAAGUAUGCAGCAUAAGAGAAUAAAAUCUUUGAAAACGCUCAAAAUAUGAUUUAAAAGUCAUUCGUUUCAUUUUCUUGUUACCUCAAUUUUAUUAGUUACAACGUUUGCAGUGAUUUAGAUGAAAUUUACUUCAAGUGCAUAUAACACUGUUAAAACUCAACUGAAAUUGGAGAAGAUAUUCUUUCUCAGUCCACUACCUAUUUUGCAACUCUAAUUAAUGGACUUAGUAAAACCAUGAACGAUGUUAAAAGUUUGGGAGAGAUUUACCAACAAGAUCUUGGCAAGAAAGCUCCUGUACAGAAAAUGUACUAAAAGGUUAGUAAGAAUGAAGUAAACAAUCAAAUUUCCAUCCUUAAAGAAUAUGAAAACAUCUACGAACCAUACAAUUUUACUUUCAAUUACGAUGCUCAAAGCAGAUACUACGGAGCUAUAGAAGUUAACUAAAAUAUUUAAGAAAAAGUGGUGAUGAUAAUUGGUAAUGUUCCAAUCAAGAAGCAAGAUUACAUAGAGAUUGGAAAGAAUACCGUUAACAUUUGUCUUCUUGAGUAUUUACUCAAUUUCUUGAAGUCAGAAUAUAACUUGAAAGUAAUGUUUGAAAACAUUUAGAUCAAAGAAAGAGUUCUUUAUUCUAUGCUCAAAUUAAUGACUAUUUUCAUGCAAGUAUAAGCAUGCAGCUAAGAAAAUUUUCUAUUAUUAGAUGAUAUUUUCAAUCGCAUAAAAAAUUGUAUGAGCGAAAAAUAGUUCUAAGCUGUUAUUUAACAUGUCUUGUAAAUGAAGGAUAAUUAUUCUAAAGAUUUUUUCCAACAAGCUCAAACUGAAAUCAUCGCUUAAAAUGAUUAAGCCAUGGAAGUGGAAUCUGAGGAGAAGAAAGUAACAGAUUUAGCUCAUGAACAGAGAAAAAAGGCUUAAUUACUUAGAUAGUAAGAAAUCUUAAAGUAAAUGCAGAACUAGUAAAACAAAGUAAAAUAAAUGUACUUCGAAAAUAAUAACAGCAGCUCUUAAUCGAUUGAAGAAGAAUGUUGUUUUUGCAAAUAACCCCUUUCAAAAUCUGCCUACGGUGUUUUAGUUUCUAUUUAAAACAACAACUUUUACCAAGAGUAGGAGUUAAAAAUCAUCAAAAGCAAUCUUAAAAGUUCAAAAGAAAACUGCUUAUUAAAUGAGAAUAAAUUUGAAUAUUUUAAAAAUAUCUAUUGGGAUGAGCAAAAGAAACUUCAUGAUACUUUCAUAUUCAAUACUUGUGACCACAAAAUCCACAAAGAAUGCUAUGAAUCAAACAUCAAUAAUAUAUAAUUGAGCUAAUAUGAGCAGGCUACAAGAGAGUUUGAAAUUAAAUGCCAAAUAUGCAAGCAAUAUAAAAAUUUUUUCUUUGAGAUAUGCAAUAACAAUGACUUCGAAGAAGAAAAGUUUGAAAAUAAAAAAAACAAAAACACAGAGAGCUCCUAGAUAGAUAUCUUUAGCAACCCUUUUAAUAAUGUUUUUGAUAUGGGCUCAAUCAACUUUGAUCACAGCAGUACUCACUAAUACGAUAUGAAUAGCUAUGAUUAUUAAGGUGGAUUUGACAACAUUAACAACAACUGCUUCAAUUCUGAUCCUUUUGAUUUAGGAUUUGAUUUAGAUAAGAGUAAACAACAACAUGGAAAAAAUGAUGAAGAUGAUGAUGGUGAAGUUAGAGAAAUAAUUUACAAAAAAGUGAAAAAAAAUAAUAAUGAAGCAUAAUUCAAAGAAUCUCAAAAUCACUCUUUCUAAAGAAUAAAUAAAAUAUAUUCUAUCUUACAAAAAGAAAAAGCUAAAUUAAAAGAAUUUAAUAAUUGCUUAAAAUCUAACUAAGCACGUUUAUCUGCCUCUGCUCAUGCCCAAGGACAGUAAGAUGAAUAGGAGAUCAUCAAACAUCAAAAACAAAUGAAUGAAUUAAAUUUAGCUACAGAGAUAUUUGAAAAAUUCAUUAAGCUCAAUGAAUCAAAAUAACCUUUUAAUCCUUAUAACUUUGGGUAAAUUGUGCAAAAACCAAUAGAUCAGUUCUAAUUCUAUGAAAGAUGUCUCUACAAUUAAAUAAGGUAUUUUGAUUUAGCUAACAAAAGACCUGAUGAUGACACUUCUAUAUUAAAAAUGGUGCCUUUGCUAUUUCAAUGUACAUUGAACUCGUUUUCCUUAAUUACAGAUCAAUAAAUCAGGCGCUAAAUCAUAGAAAAACGCUUUAAAUACUGCAAAUAUUUUGAAGAAUUAAUUCAAACUGGAACUAUAGCUAAGUUUGAUGAAAAUACAUGUAAAGAUUUGCCCUACAUCUUAAAAUAAAAUUAUCUUGAAAAUAACCUAGUUGAUGCUUAUACUUAGUAUUUACUCAUUUAGUUCAAUUUUUAAUUCAAAUAAAACCAAGAGGAACUUAUAAAAACUUCUCUUUCUUCUACGCUCAAGAAGUUAAGUUUAUAAGUCAUUUACAGCUAAUGUUAUAUGCUUAAUGCUAUCCAUAAGUAUCAAAUAGAUAAUGAAGACGACAUUGAAGACCUCUCUUGCUUUUUAUUACGCUUAACUAGAAGAGCUCUUGUGACAAGUAUUCUUCACUAAAAAUUUAACCAAUAAAAUUGUACGUUUGAUAAAGUUUUUGCAUCUUCUUCAAAAUUUGAGUCAGAACACUCAAUAAUAAUGAAACAUUUCAAAUUGAAUAAUUCAUAAUGUCUCCCUUCUUAAAAUGAAAUCGAUAAUCUAGAUAAUGAUACUUUAAUUUAGUAAUUCAAAACAAAAAAAAUUAAUGCAUUUGUUUUUUCUACACUUACUAUUUCAACAUGUGACUCAUAUUAGUUCGAUAUAAUACCUAUCCCUAACGAUUACUUAGAGUAUUCAAAGACCAUCUACAAAAAAAAGUGUUCUCUAUGUAAUAAGAUUCCAUUAAUUUCUGAUUUAAUGUAAUGCAUUAUUUGUGGAGACCUGAUAUGUGCAUCUUCUUGCACUCAACAAAUAGGUAUGACAGUUGGUAGCCUCAAUAGACAUGCUAAUGUUUGCCAUGGUGGAUAAGCAAUCUACAUAAACACUUAAAAUGGUUAUGUAACAGUGAUCUGUAGUCCUCAUAACACAAUUCUAAUAUCAACAUUUAUUUUCUAAAAUUCUCUAAAACAGCCUCUUCGUAAACAAAUUAAAUGUGAUUGGAAAUCAUUCUAACUUACUAAGAGCAUAGUUCAAAAUUUGAAAAAGCAACUUUAUGAAAACAACACUCGUAACCUAAUUAUGGAAGAUCAUUAGCAAAGACUUGAAAGAAACAUAAGGCCACCUUAGAUACAACCAAAUAUUUUAUGA